AUGUGUGCUCAUUCAAAGCAUCGUAGCUCAAUCCCAGCAUGACUGGUUCGAGGGUCAGCCUGCUUUCUCUGGACUCUGCACUCGAAAGUGUGUAAAUACGCCGCCGCUGCUCAGACCACGCACAGUGAAGCCCUGUACGCUCCUGCCGCCAUGACCACCUUCGACGACAUCUUAGAAGAAGCAGGCAAAUUCGGCCCCUUCCAGAAACGUAUAUUCUCCCUGUUGUGUCUCGUCUCGGUGCCCUUCGCCGGAGUUUACGUGGGCAUCGUGUUUCUCGGCUUUACCCCAGAGCAUUGGUGCCGUAACCCGGGCGUCAAGCAGGUCCAGAUGCACUGCGACUGGAGCUUAGAGAAGGCGCUCGGUGUCGCUGUGCCUUUUCAGAACACAUCUGCUGGAGUGGUGCGCAGCCAGUGUGAGAGAUUUGAUGUGGAGUGGAACGUCUCCGAUGUCGGCUGUGACGAGCUGGAUGGUGAGAUCGGCGAGGCGAAGCGUGCUGCUCUGCCCACGAGUGCCUGCAAGGAUGGCUGGGAUUACAAUUACGAGGGAAGGGAGUCUUUCGUCACGGAGUUUAAUAUGGUGUGCGAGGACGCUUGGUUAUUAGACAUGUGCCAGGCAACGCUCUCUGUUGGUUUUUUAAUAGGCAGCAUUGCCAUCGGAUACCUCGCCGACAGGUUUGGUCGAAAAUCAGUAUUCCUGGCAUCCUGUGUUCUGAAUACAGUUACAGGAAUUCUAGUGGCAGUAUCUCCAAAUUAUAUCUCCCUGCUGGUCUUCAGAGCGCUGUAUGGUUUUGGGUCUAAGGGCGGCUGGAUGGUGGCGUUUGUCCUGAUUACAGAGCUGGUCGGAGUGGAGUACCGGAGGCCAGUUGCUGUGUUCUUCCAGAUGGUCUUCAGCAUGGGUAUACUCAUCCUGCCCCUCAUGGCAUACCUCAUAAGUACCUGGCGCUGGCUGCAGAUUGUCAUCACAGCUCCAUACCUCGGCUUUCUGGCUUACUACUGGUUUAUUCCGGAAUCUCCACGAUGGCUUCUCUCUCAAAACAACUCCAGUAAAGCCGUGGAGAUCACAAAGCAAAUGGCCAAAGCGAACAAGAUGACGCUCUCCAAAAAAAUUGAGACCCUUAAGGAGGACGAUAGCACAGACAUGGCUGUAGCCUCUUUCUUAGACUUGAUCCGGACCCCCAAGAUGAGAAAGCACACCUUUAUCCUUAGCUACAACUGGUUCACCAGCGCUGUAGUGUAUCAGGGCCUGAUCAUGCGCCUGGGGAUCUUGGGCGGAAAUGUCUACAUUGACUUCCUCAUCUCUGGCUUGGUGGAAUUCCCUGCUGCCAUCCUCAUCCUCUUCACCAUCGACCGAAUUGGCAGAAGGCUGCCGUUUGCAACUGCUAAUAUUGUCUCCGGAGCCGCCUGCCUUAUCACAGCUUUUAUUCCAGAGAGCAUGUUCUGGUUUAAAACAGCCGUGGCUUGUGUCGGGAGACUGGGAAUCACUAUGGCUUUUGAAAUGGUGGUGUUUGUGAACACUGAGUUGUAUCCGACCUUCAUCAGGAAUUUGGGUUUUUCUGUGUGUUCCACUCUCUGUGAUGUCGGAGGAAUUGUAGCUCCAUUUCUGCUUUACCGACUUGCCGUCAUCUGGCUGGAGCUACCGCUUAUCAUUUUUGGAAUCUUGGCUGUGAUAGCUGGGGGUUUAGUGCUUCUGCUUCCUGAGACCAGAGGUGUACCACUUCCUGAGACCAUCGAUGACAUUGAAAACCCGCACAAAAACACAGAGAAUGUGGUGAAAAGUCAUCAGCUGGAGAAUCUUCUUCACCCGGACGUGACAAAUAAUAAAGAAACGACCACAGUCUGAGUGGAACAUUUGCAAUCUAACGGAGGUAAUGUGUAGAAUCAGGUCAUGUGGUGUGAUGGACAUGACUUUGCUCAGUAAAGAAGUCCAGGACUGGUUGUCAUGGUAUUUUAUCCUGAACACUACAGGGUGCUGUUUAGAUAUUACCAGAUAUAAUAUUACAGGAGACUGGAGACAGUUAUAAAGACAGCUGGUGAAAAGAUUUAUAUCAUUUAAAUAAAAUAUUUGUUGUUUCCUU